AUGCCAACAACCACAUGCACCCGACUUCCACAUCUUCACCUUCUCCUCUCAUGCACUUUCCCCGGAGCCACGGUCGACACGGUCUUCUGCUUCGAAGCGAAUCCGCGCAUCGCUUCUGGUCGAAAAGCGCCACGACAGCAUGAUCGACUUCCUCAGGCACAGCUUGGCAAGGUUGAAGUCCGCUACAAUUCCGGCGUCGUCGUCUUGCUAACUUCUGCUCAACCCCGGUCGAUGAUCAUGAAUAGCGAAUGUCGCUUGCCAGCACUCCUGCGUCUGUCGGAAGAUAAGAUAACCUUGGAGUACGUCACACGCGACAAGAACUGCGACACAGCUCCCCUGACUCUCCAUCUCCCCGCUCUGGGAACUUCUGAAACACUUCUUGCACUUCUCACACCACAUCCACGACUCGCAGUCACAUUCCGCAUCCGGAUGCUUGGUGCAAAGGAAUUCGCUGGAGGUGCUCGCAAUCGUUUCGGCACCAACACGCCCUUUAAAGCUGGCCACCCUUCAAAAAAGAAGCUCAAGCCCACAGAGACGGCUGCCUGGCCGAGAAUGACGGCUAGAGCUGUCAACUACUGGGACAGUCUUAUGGCAGGUACUAAUAAAAGAGCCGGCAAGGCUGCCGCAAAUGGUAAAGCACACCACACUGGCGGCCUGGGCCAUAAAGGUGAAGCUUUUACAAGAAUGCACCAAAGCCCAAAGAAGUCUCCGCGAGACGUACAUGACAGCGAAGAGGAAUACGAAGAGUCCUUCGAUGGUGACGAUGAUGAAUACGUCGCCGCCAUGCAGAGGCAAGACCUCGAAGAUGGCGUUCCCGACGACGUUGACACUGAGCUGGAAAACGAUGAUGCCACUGCCGGUGACCAACUUGACGAUCUCACCAAGAGGUAUGCCGAUGAUGAGGAUUCUGGAGAUGACCAGUUCUACGACGAUCGAUACGACUCCUUGGACGAAGACGCUAUGGAUGCUUAUGCAGAUGCUGACGAUGGAGAUGACGAGGUACUUCAAAAGAGAGAUCCUAGCUUCUACCUCAAGCAAAAAUCUGCCCACCGUGGUGGUGGCAGAGGUUCAGCUGCUCAUAUGCAUCACGCCCGCGAUGUGGACGACGAAGAAGAAGAAGCAGAUGAUGAUGAUGAUGAAUCUCCUAUCGAAGAAGACCUGGAGUAUGUCGCGGAUAUCAAGGCACGGAACGCUCGCAAAGAACAUCAGAUUGUUGGAACGUCCCCACCAUGGCCUACUGAGGCGCCAACCGUCACUACUGCUAAACCAAAGACUGCACCUGCGGCUUCUGUUACUGGUAUCAAGGGCUAUCAUAAGCAUGGUCAGGGUAGACAUGCAAAGCAUGGAGGAAGUGCGAAAAAGUCUCGUCCGACUGGGAAGGCGGCUCGUCCAACUGGGAACGCUACUCGUCCGACUGGAAAGACGACUCGUCCGACUGGGAAGGCUACUCGUCCGAGUGGAAAGGCGACUCAUCCGACUGGGAAGCCGAAAGCGUAUAGUUAG